AUGUGCCCUGGACUCCGAAGUACGGAGAAAAUCGAUCGACCUCUUACGAUUCCACUUGUUUGGUUGCAGGCCCUCACUCAGUCUGCAUCCCUCAUAAAGACACCAAACUGCGAGGCACUACUCAAUGUCUUGCAUGCAUUCGAUUGGGCUGCUGACAAGGAAAUCGUAUCGGCCUAUGCCAAUCUCCUACUCAACUUGAUUUCAUCGGAUGUGUGCCAUCUCGCCCCUACGUUCCAAUCCAUCGCGCGCAACUUCCUUCCGCGCAGGAGCCACAACUCCCUCGCGAUGGCUCAGCCCAACCUUCGAACCACCACCACCCACCACUUUGCGCGCUCCCCCAUCCACGUCUUUGUGCGACGACUCGGGAACACCAACGCGUCGAAGCAAGGCGAGAAGUACGACCUACUCGCCACCGAGCAAAUCGCUAAGCACCUCCACCAGACCAUCGCCCUCAUCCUAGACCUGGUGCCGAGCAGCACGUCGGUGUUGCUGGACAUCCUGGAGCACAACUUCCCGCACAAGCGUCUCGACGUCGAGACCCACCGGUGCUACCUCUCCAACAUCCUCCAGGUGGCCUCCUACUGCGAGGCGCUCAAGUCCUCCAUUCUCGCCCUCGCCAUCAAAAACAUCCUCCAAAUCGAUAUGUUCUUCAUGCUCAUGCAGCUCUUCGACACCUUCAUCCUCAAAACACACAAGUCCAAAUACGUCCAGUUCCUCCUCUUCUACGUCUGCGCCAUGGACAUCAACUACACACACGCCUUUGUGCGAUACCUGCUGGAGAAGGUGAUGGACGUGAGCAACCACCCGCUCACGCGAAGCACAUGCGCGGCCUACCUGGGCUCCUUCCUCGCCCGAUCCACGCUCGUUCCCACACAGCUCGUCCAAGAGCCACUACAGAUCAUGAGCCGAUGGGCGCUCCAGUACGGCACACAGAACCGGGACACGAUGCCCGACGCCGAGGUCCACGGCCUCUUCUACUCCGUGUGCCAGGCCGUCUUCUACGUCGUCUGCUUCAAAUACCAGCAGCUCGCCCUCCGCACACCCGAGGGUGCGGCAUUCCUCGACAGCCUGGAGCUCGACGCCAUCAUCCAAUCGCGACUCAACCCGCUCCGGCUGUGCGCGUCGACGGUGGUCACCGAGUUCCUCAAGGUGGCGGCCGACCUGUGCGGACUGCUGCCCUCGGCUCGGGCCGUGCUCGAGCGCAACAAGCGGGUCGUGCUGGCGACCAAGUCCGUCUUUGGCAACGCCAACCAGCUCGACUCCUUCUUCCCCUUCGACCCCUAUCUCCUCCGCCACUCCUCCAAACACAUCAGCGCCAUCUACCAGACCUGGAGCCCCAUCCCAGAGAACCCCGCCACGGCCACCACCGCGCCACCAACCACAACCACGGCCUCGACAGCUUCGACGAUCGCGCGACCAUCAUCAUCCGCCGCCGCGCCGCCGUCGCCUGCCAUGCGCGUGCCGCUCACAUUCCUGUCGUCGUUGCCCGGCUCGUCGUCGCCCAAUCUCGGCGACGGGUACGGCAGCAGCAACGAGACGCCGCCGGGCACGCCCAACUUCCUCAUGCGACGCGGCAGCAUCGGCGGCGAGGAGCUGGCGGCGAGCUUCACCGGCUCGCCGGGGGGCUUUUCGAGCAUGCUCUCGAUGACCCCGGAGAGCGUGAGCAACGACGUGGACUUCUCCUGGAAGUACUCCUGGGGAGGCAAGUAA